GAUAAAAUAUUUAUACGAACAUGUGUGAUGUCUUUAAAGUAAUUGAUAAUUUUCCUUCGAUAUGUAAACGAAUAACUAAAUGGAAGUUAAUUGUUAAUAGUAUUUUUUAUUAGUUUUCCUAAUAGAAUGUUAAAAAAAAAAAUGAUUAAAUAUAUAAAUGCAAGAAAAUAAUAUAUCUAUUCAUCAUAUUUCUGAUGCCGAAUUCAAUAUCUAUACGUUCAAGCUGCAAUGUAAAACCAUUAAAAGUUUACCUUCAUUUAGCUUAUAUCUGUAGUUGAUUACGUUGCACGAUUUCCAAAUUGCGUGUAAGGUAAUAUAAACGUACAAUGCAGGGCGAAAUGUGUGGAGCUGAUUUCUCUUUGAGAUGCCUUCUGAGGAAUUAUAUAUUAACAGCAGGCAUGACAAUAUAACGUGUUCCAGUACUACUCUCUGUCCCAUUGCAGGAACGGGUAAAGUUUGAAAAUGUUGUUUCGUUGUCGAGUACAGAGAGAUCAGUUGUUGGUAUAUAAGUAAAAUUUCUGACCGAUGUCGUCACAAAUUCCCUUUAGUGCCCAAGUAAGCGAAAAAAAAAAACAAACAAUUGAUGAAUUGGCUUCAGUUCAAUACGUUUCGACCGUUACUGUAACUAAAUUAGUUUUUAUUUGUUCAAUAUUCAACGAUUUAAGUUCAACGAUUUUAACGUAUUCAGCUCCACAUUGUGUUUAAAAUGGAUAAUUUUUCAUUAUUCAGUUAUCUCUUGACAAUUCAAGUGAUUAUACCAAAUUUUAAAGCAGUGUGAUUGUUAAUACUCUAUUAGAUUUUAAAGUAAGCGCUAUUUAUUUAUUGGAUAUCAAUAUUUUAUAACAAUAUCUUCGAAAUAUUCGAAAACGUUUUCUAAAUUACUGAUAUAUUUGUUCUUCUUAAAAAUUCGAAAAAAAUCUAUGAGAUUUAUAACGUACUAAUUAAUUGCUUACACCUCGAGAUCAGAGUUCCUAUAAAGUAUUUAGUAACUCAACGCAAAAUUCUACUUUCGUCUUUUCGUUCAAUCGUUGUUGGUAUUUUCGGAAGUGAAAAAAUUCAUUCGAAAAGUUAAAUUUCGAAUAUGAAGUUAAAAGAUUUGGCGUAUCGUACUGUGCCGGGCAUUGAAUGGUUAAAUCGUUACACUCUAAAAGAUUGGGUCGCGGAUGUAAUUGCUGGCGUAACUGUGGCGCUUACUGUACUACCUCAAGGUUUAGCGUAUGCGACGCUAGCAGGCUUGGAACCUCAAUACGGCUUGUAUUCAGCAUUUAUGGGAGGUAUAGUUUACGCUUUUUUUGGAAGUUGCCCUCAGGUCACUAUUGGGCCUACAGCUCUAUUGGCUUUAAUAACUAGUCAUCAUACGGGCUUUGGUUUAACAUCUGGUGCUGAUUAUGCGAUACUCUUAUGUUUAAUAUCGGGUAUAGUUGAGUUUCUCAUGGCAAUCUUGAGAUUAGGCGCUUUAGUCGAUUUGAUAUCCUUGCCAGUCACAGUAGGUUUCACUUCGGCCACAGCCGUUAUAAUAGGUACAUCCCAGUUGAAGGGACUUUUCGGUUUACGUAGCGAUUCUGGAUCUGGUUUUUUGAAUACUAUUACGUCGGUAUUUUCAAACUUAGAUAAAAUGCGUAUGGCUGAUUUCUCUUUAGGAUUUGUGGCCAUAAUUAUAUUACUCUUUUUAAGGAAAUUAAAAGAUUUUAAAUUCUCGAAUAAAAGGAAGCUUUUGAAGAGUAUUUCAUGGAUAUUGGUUACUGGACGGAAUGCUUUAGUUGUAUUGAUUUCAAGCAUAAUUGCCUAUUACAGUUGCAAAAAUAAAGCGAGCUGUCCUUUUAUUUUGACGGGCAAUGUGAAAAGUGGCUUGCCCGGAUUUCAAGUACCGAAAUUUGAAACGAAUAUCGUAAGUGCGAACGGUACCGUAGUACAUCAAAAUUAUAGAGACAUGAUAUGGGAACUGAGAACUUCAAUGAUUAUAUUACCCAUUAUCGCUGUCUUGGGUAACGUGGCUAUUUCAAAAGCAUUUGGUACUUCAGGAUUAAGCGCCACACGUGAAAUGUUCGCAUUAUCGUUAAGUAACAUAUGUGGUUCGUUCUUUUGCUCGAUGCCAGUAACCGGCUCUUUUUCAAGAAGUGCCGUAAAUCAUGCCAGCGGCGUUCGAACGCCUUUCGGUGGUCUUUAUACUAGUGCUUUCGUUUUAUUAGCUGUGGCCGUUUUGACUCCAUACUUUCAGUUCAUACCGAAAGCUGCAUUAAGUGCCGUCAUCGUCUCAGCCGUAAUAUUUAUGAUAGAGUUUGAAGUAGUCAAACCUUUAUGGCGAUGUAGCAGACGUGAACUUUUACCUGGAGCCGUGACAUUUGUUAUUAGUUUAGCGUUGGGUGUGGAAGUCGGCAUACCAUUGGGCGUAGCUACUGACGUAGCGUUUUUAAUUUACCGUGCGGCUCGUCCUGUAAUAGCUGUCAACGAAUUAAAGACUAAAAAUGGUAUUACUUACAUCGUGAUACGUCCCAAACAAAGUUCUCUUUGUUUUCCUUCAAUUGAUUGGGUGCGCUGUAGAAUAUCAAAUGCUUUAAGCAGUUACGGUUCGGUUCCAGUAGUCUUGGAUUUCUCGACUGUGAACGACUUCGAUUUUACGGCUGCCCGUGGCAUUGGCAUAUUACAUAAGGAAUUAUUGAAUGUGAAUGUGAAUCUAAUUUUAAUGAAAGUUUCCAAUGAAAUGAUAGUCAUUUUAAAAGAAGCUACAAAUAUAGAAUUUCAUCUUAUCGAUGACCUAGACGAAUUGGAAAGCACAUUGGAUCAAACAUCUGAAUGUGAGCCGUAUCUUCGGGUGACGGUGCCUCUGAUAAAUGGGCAAACUUUGAUUGAUUGUAAAGAAAUUGAUCACGGGAAGAGCAACUGAAUCCAAUGUAUACACUAAGAGGUCACCUAAUAUGAUGCCGUUUUAUAAAUAUCUUUAAAAUUUUUGAAAGACUUGAGCUGUGCAUUCACAUGACGCCAUUCAGUAAAUUUAACUAAGAGUUACUGUUUUAUUUAUUUACAUUACAUGUAUUUGAUUUUAAUUAAAUUGAAACUA